AUGUCUGGGCGCGGGUCCUGGUGGGGGCCACCUCCAGGACUGGCCCUUGGACGCGGUGCGCCGCCCUCGCGUGCGACCUCCGCGCCCUGGCGGCGCCGAGCGUGCAUCUGGCGCACGCGUGCCCGUCGUGCGCGGGGCGCUAGCAUCACCAUCUUCGCGGAGCUGAUGCGCUACCACACCGCGCAGUCCGCAGAGACGACGAUCAGCCCGAAGGAUUCGCUGGAGUCCAACGACACGGAGAAUCUCGAGGAGCAGGCCCAGCCCAAGGUCGUCGAGACCCCCUUCGUGAGCGCCGGGCUUACGACGACGACCGCCCAGUCGAGGUCCCAAACGACUGGCUUGGCAAUCUUCUUGGCGGAUCUCGUCCUCCUGGAGAUCGCGUGGGCCAACAUUUUCAUGGUGAAGCUGAUCGUGCGUGCCCUUGCGACGGAGAUGACGAUCUCCCUGGGCAUCGUAGUCGUCUCCUGCCUGAUGAUGUGCCAGUUCCCCCUGGGAAUCGCGUGGACCUACCUGGCUGGCUGA